AUGACGGUCCAUGACUACAAUGCUACAUAAAUUGCUCCUCUCCGCCUAACUCGCUAGGGUUUUUAUCGCUGCCGCAUCUGGUUCUCUCCGAAUACCAGCGAGAACUCUCCGAAUACCAAUCAUGGCGGCCGCCCUGUCCUCUCCACCACAAUCCUCUGGUUUGGCCUCGCCCACCGAUGUUAAGCUCUUCAAUCGGUGGUCUUUCGAAGAAAUCGAGGUUUCUGACAUGUCACUUGCUGACUAUAUUGCGGUAACUCCUUCGAAGCAUGCAACCUAUCUUCCACACACAGCUGGACGUUACUCUGUAAAAAGGUUCAGGAAAGCACAGUGUCCCAUUGUUGAAAGAUUGACGAAUUCAUUGAUGAUGCAUGGUCGCAACAAUGGGAAGAAACUGAAGGCUGUUCGCAUCGUUAAACAUUCUAUGGACAUUAUUCAUCUCCUUACUGAUACAAACCCAAUCCAAAUCAUAGUAGAUGCUGUCAUUAAUAGCGGUCCACGAGAGGAUGCUACUAGAAUUGGAUCUGCUGGUGUUGUUAGGCGUCAGGCUGUUGAUAUUUCGCCUCUGAGACGGGUUAAUCAAGCGAUAUAUCUUCUCACUACAGGUGCUCGUGAGAGUGCUUUUCGAAAUAUCAAGACAAUUGCUGAAUGUCUUGCCGAUGAAUUGAUUAAUGCAGCUAAGGGUUCUUCCAAUAGGUGAGCAUUUUUCCUUGUGUGA